CUCAGGUAAAUGUAAAAUGUAAAACUGGCACGGGAAACCAUAAAUUAAUGAAGACUUGUAAUACGGUGUACAAAAUAAACUUCAAAUGCAAAGGGACGAGGAAUUUUAGCAGUUAAAGAGCCGUUUCUACAACAGAUAGUUCAAGAUUUAUGUUGCUAUGCGCGUGCGCAUGUAAUGUCACAGGCUGCGACUUGGUCGCAUCCAAGUUUGUCCUGCCACAAGACAAACAUCUCGUUUAUUAUUUUAUUAACAGGGGUUGCACUUGCCUCGUUCGAGCACUUGCUCAAUUGUUUUCUAUACAAUUCAACACGACCAGUGAGUCAUAGUUGGGUCUGUUUGUUUCUAGUAAAUUGCGUGUGAUAUUUCGUUGUGUAAUACUAACUGGAUUGUUAUUCGAAGAUUAAAGUUUUCUAUUCAAUAUUAUUUACCCUUCAUAAUGAAACGCCAGAAAAGCAUUAGUGACUGGUUUUCCACUAAAAUGACAAAAUCAUUAGUUGGUAGUUCUAGUAGUGAAAAUAAUAAUUUAAAUACUGAAAACGCCAAUGACAAUAAUUUUGGCGAUGAAAAUAUCUUAAAUGUUGAAUCAUCUGAAAAUGUGUCCGCAAUGGAAGAGGAUUUACAUGAUUGUGAAAAUGUAGUACCCGAUUGUUGGAGUUCUGAGCAGGCACAAUAUUUUUUAAAGAAAUAUAAUGGCUUGAUAGUUGAAGGCAAAAAACUUGGCUGUUCCCACUGUGCAAAUAUGUCACAUUUGGGGGUCCUUGUAGGAAAAUCUUUACACAUUUCUUCGGAAUGGCGAACGUGUACUAUUAAAGCAUCUGGAACUGAUAAAAAAGUUCAGCAAGUUUCAUUAAGAAAAAAAAUGAAGGAACAUUUCGAAUCAAGCUCUCAUUUGAGAGUUAUAAAUAUUUUAAAUGAAUCUAAAAAAGAACCUCUCACUACAGUGAUUGAUAAAGUUACUGAAAAAAAUAUUGCAAUAACCAGCAAAAUUUUCAACAUAGUUUACAGCUUAGUAAAAAGAAACUGACCAAUGUCAGAUAUGGAGGAUGAAGUAGAGCUACAAAUUAAGAAUGAAACUGAUUUAGGGAACUGCCUACAUUCUCAAUUUUCGGCCAUCAGAAUCGUAGAGCAUAUUGCUGAAUUAAUAAGAAAACAAAUUUUUAGUAAAAUCAUUGAAAACAAUUCAAAGAUUUGUAUUAUUAUCAAUGAAGCUUCUACAAUUUCAAGUAAAAUUGUGCUUGUAAUUCUUAUAAAAUGUGAAUUACAAGAUUCUUCACCAACAGUUUUUCUCAAUUUAGUGGAAUUAGAAUCAACAAAAGCAGAAAAUAUUUACAAUGCUUUGAGAACUACGUUAACCGAUACAGGAUUUGACACGGAAUAUUUAAAGAAAAAUUUAAUCAGAUUUUGUUCUGAUGGCGUGAACACCAUGCUUGGACAUAAAUCUGGAGUUGCUACAAGACUCAUCCAAGAUUUUCCAAACAUUAUAAUUUGGCAUUGUUUGAAUCAUCGGCUACAACUGGCUUUAGAUGAUGCUAUAAAUGAUAUCAAUGAAAUAAGCCAUUUCAAGAUUUUUUUGGACAAGAUUUAUGCAAUUUUUCAUCAGUCAAAUAAAAGUUAACUUAAACAAGUUUCUGAAGAACUAUAUAUUGAAAUAAUCAAAAUAGGCCGUGUUUUUGGUCCACGAUGGGCUUCUUGUAGCUUUAGAGCUGUCAAAGUGGUCUGGAGAGCUUAUCCAGCUCUUUAUAUUUAUUUUUCCAAAAAUAAGAAAUUUUCUGGCAUGGAAAAAAGAUUGAAAAACAAAGAAUUUUUAAAAGACUUGGCAUUAAUGAUUGAUAUUUUGGAUGAACUUGCAUUAUUAUCAAAUGCACUGCAAGCGAGACAAUUGAGUUUAACAAAGGCAGAUAAGCUAAUCAAACGAACAAUUGAUUUUUUCAUACAAUUAAAAGAUAGUUUUGGUAUACAUGAAAAUAAAAUGAAUGAAAUGAUAGAAAGUGAUGCUUUUAAAUGCAUAGAGUUUGAAGAUAAUGUAAGGUUUAAAUCACUGCCACGAGACAAAGUAAUAGAGUGUAUUAUUGAAAAAAUGAAGGCAAGGUUAUUAAACGAAAAUCACAUUAAAUAUAAAGAAGAUAAUUUAGGUCAUUCUAGUAAUACACCUAAAAUAGUUGAAUUAUUCAAUGUUAUGGAUCCCACUCCAUGGAAUAUUGAAGAAGUCAGGUUACCUUGGAAAUCAGGAGAAGAAAAAGUGCAUGAAUUAAACAAAUUCAUAAAAUUUGUAGUCAAUUUAAAUGAUUUUCAUGAUUAUGUAGAGAAUAACAUUCAAUCAAAACAUCUUCCUGAUCCAGAAACAAUAAGGAAGGCAAAGCAAAUUAUGAACACAAUUGCAAUUAGUUCUGCAGAAGCAGAAAGAGCUUUUUCGUUGAUGAAUAUUAUUUGUAGUGAUAAAAGGGCGAAUUUAACAAUUACACAUAUCUCAAGCUUUAUGACCAUCAAUUUGUUGGGAAAACCACUAAGUUCCUGGAACCCAAUACCAUAUGUUAAAGCAUGGAUGAGAAGUCAUCGAUCCGCAUUAGAUACCAGAGUUCGUGUAUCCAACACCAAAGAUUAGGGAGAAGAUUAAGAAGCCAUUUGGAAAUUACUACCUAAUUAGUAAUAAAUAACGUACUUAAGUAUUCUUUAAAAUAUUGCUUGUUGCAUUGUAUACUUCAACAUGAAUAUAUUACACUUUUUAUUUUUAAUAACUUAAGUAGUUCACAUGUAAUAUUUUAAAAUACAAGAAUAAUAGGCAUUUCAUUCUUAAAUAUUAUUAUCGUUUGCUUACUCAUACAUCUCUUCUUUUUAUUUUCUUCUUUUCAAAUGUAUUUUAAAUUCAUUUAAGAAACCGAUACUUUGUUUCUAUUGUAAUAAACAUGUUAAUAAUGUUUUUUAUUUUUUUUAUUGUUAAGUAUGACUCCCAAUGAUUCAAUGCAUUGCCACUUCUUAUGGAAAAAGGUACAAAAAAUACAUACUGUGGCACAUCCUUUAAAUCAGAACUUUUUUUAGGGAACCGGUUGUUAAGAUUUUGGCAGCUCAUCACUGAAUAUAGGCCUUUACAGACAGGCCUGAAUAUCUAUAUCCUAACAAAGGUAGGUGAGAGCUGUCUGAGGCGGAAAGGUGAAACCAGGGUGGGCAGGAGGAGGAGGAACUGCAGCAGCAGAGGAUGUCUGGUACAGAGAGCCAUUGGGAAGAGCAAAAGCUUAAUGGUGAGGACUGGUCAGAGUUGAGGAACCCCUGCUGAGUUAAAGGAGCGCUCUUGUAGGGAAAG